ACAGAAGGGUUUACAGAAGAAACCGUCGCAUGGUGAUGACGUCUGAGCAACUGGGAGAAAUGGAGAGAAAACACAUGUCUGCCUUUUCUCUGUAUCAAGGUCUGCGGCCAAAGGGUCCACCUCCUGCUAAGAAGCCCUCCAUCCAGAUGGAAGUGAAGAAAAAGAGGAAAGUUGGUGCGGCUCCAGCUGUCAGUGUUAAAGCGUUAAAGGCAAAGAGGAAGAAGUUCCGGCAAAAGCUCCUGAAGGCAGCCCAGAGAGAGGAGUUCCUGCCGCCAGUGACCGAUGCUAAGGAGGUGCAGAAGUGUGUUAUUGGAGAGUCUUUAGAGGCUGUUCUGACUGAGCUGGCCAAAGUCAAUAGCAGCAGGGAGAGAGCCUGGAAGCUGCUUCAGUGGAUCAUGAGACCCGUUCCCAUCAAAGACUUUUUCAGAGAAACCUGGGAAAAGAAGCCCGUCUUUGUGCAGCGCAGCAAUCCAGAUUACUACAAGGGUCUGUUUUCAACGGCUGAGUUUGAUCGCAUAUUGAGGGAGGAAGAUGUUCAGUAUGGCGUGAACCUGGAUGUGACCAGCUACGUUAACGGCAAGAGGGAAACUCACAAUCCCCCAGGAAGAGCUCUGCCCUUCACCGUGUGGGACUUCUAUGAUAGCGGCUGCUCGGUCCGCAUGCUGAAUCCUCAGGCGUUCUCCUCCACUGUGUGGAACGUGCUGUCCAUCCUCCAGGAGCAGUUUGGCAGCAUGGCAGGAGCCAAUGUAUACCUGACACCGCCUGGAACUCAAGGCUUUGCUCCACAUUAUGACGACAUCGAGGCCUUUGUGGUUCAGCUGGAGGGGAAGAAACAUUGGCGAGUUUACAGCCCGAGAUCGGAAGAUGAAGUUCUGCCCGUACUUUCAAGUCCUAACUUUGAUCAGUCUGACAUCGGGAAGCCGAUCCUGGACGUGGUGCUGGAAGCCGGAGAUCUCCUUUACUUCCCCCGAGGGUUCAUCCAUCAGGGCGACUGCCUUCCAGAAGCACACUCUCUGCACAUCACGAUCUCAUCGUACCAGAAAAACAGCUGGGGGGAUCUGCUGCACAAGGUCAUUCCUGCAGCGUUAGAAAUUGCGAUGGAGGAAGAUGUGGAGUUCAGACGCGGUUUACCUUUAGAUUAUCUGACCUACAUGGGAGUGCAGAACUCUGAUAAGGAGGACGCUCGCAGGGUCAGAUUCCUCGCCCGGAUUGAGAACCUAAUGAAUAAGCUACCGACCUACGCCCCGGUGGACGCAGCCGUCGACCAGAAAGCCAGAGAAUUCCUACAUGACUGCCUGCCUCCUGUGCUGACUCCAGAUGAACUGGCUACCAGUGCCCGAGGAGCUCCAGCUAGAUGGGAGGACGGAAAGGUGAAGGAUGUGGGCACAUACAUGACGACACAGACGGAAAUCAGAAUCCUUCGAGCCGGGUGUGCCAGGCUGGGCAGCGACAGAGAUGCUGUUCACCUUUACUACACCACGGACAACUCCAGAGUUUAUCACAAAGAGGAGCUGAAGAGUUUUGAAAUACAAACAGAGCACACGGAUGCCGUUGAGUUUCUGAUCCACUCGUAUCCCAACUUUGUGACAGUAGGAGGCUUGCCAUGCGACUCUGCUCAGGACAAGAUUGCUUUGGCCGAACUGCUUUUUGAGAAGGGGAUUAUCCGCACAGCUGAGCCUCCUCAGAUAGCUUAAUUACACCGACCAUGUUCAUAAACAAACUUCAGUAGUCAUGGAUACGGUUCUUUCUCAGCUUUUUGAUACAUAAUGUAUAAAAUAAACAUUAUUUCUUUGAAACACAAAGGGCAUGUUUAUUUUUUUAGUUGAUACAACUCAAAAUAAUAUACAGGAUGUUUUUCAAUUAAGCGAUUUGAAGACCAUCCAUCAACCAUUCACACUUCAGCUGACAGGACUGUCUGGGCAUCUACUUCCAGGUCACCUCUUCGCCAGGCUUCAGCUCUCUAUGAAGAAGAAAGGAGGUUUGUUUUCCAUGUGGCUGCAUUAAAAAAAUCUUUAUUCCA